AUGAGUUUUUCCACUAUAAAUAGUAACAUCAAUAAGAAUGCUGGUGAUAGCAACAAUAACACGACUGAGAACAGCUCGACAACGGACCUCCUUGGAAUGGAUCUGUUGCAACAUGCGCCCCGUUUGAUGAGCACUAUGCAGCCGAACAAUUCUUCUGACAUGUUGCCCAUGGCUAAUGGAACCAAUCUAGUUCAACAGUCCGCUACAAACAACAAUAGCAGCAGUGCCAACACCGGCUCAAAGGCUCCGGCGAACGAGUUUGUGAGAAAGCUUUUCCGGAUAUUGGAAAAUAACGAGUAUCCAGACAUCGUGACCUGGACUGAAAACGGCAAGAGCUUUGUUGUAUUGGACACAGGGAAGUUUACGACACACAUACUGCCCAAUCAUUUCAAGCACUCCAAUUUCGCUUCUUUUGUGAGGCAGCUAAACAAGUACGAUUUCCAUAAGGUUAAGAGAAGCCCGGAAGAAAGACAGAAAUGUAAGUAUGGAGAACAAAGCUGGGAGUUCCAGCAUCCAGAAUUUAGAGUUCACUACGGGAAGGGACUCGACAACAUUAAAAGAAAAAUUCCGGCCCAAAGGAAAGUAUUGCUAGACGAGUCUCAAAAGGCUCUUCUACAUUUUAAUGGUGAAGGCGCCAACCCGAACAGUUCUUCCGGGGCCCUCUUGAAUGAAUCCACCACAGAACUGCUAUUAAGCAAUACUGUAAGUAAAGAUGCAUUUGGAAAUUUGAGAAGGCGGGUAGACAAACUGCAAAAGGAACUGGAUAUGUCUAAGAUGGAAAGUUAUGCUACAAAAGUGGAAUUACAAAAAUUGAACUCGAAGUACAAUACGGUCAUUGAAAGCUUAAUAACAUUCAAGACAAUCAACGAAAAUCUACUUAACAACUUCAACACUCUGUGUUCCACUUUGGCAAAUAACGGAAUCGAAGUCCCAAUAUUCGGAGACAACGGAAACCAAAACCCAGCCGGUAACGGUAACAACCCAACACCUACCGCCGUCAUUCAUAAUAGUACCGCCAACAAUGCCUCCCCAACGACAUCUACGGUGUCCUUACAAAUGCCCAAUUUACCCGACGAGAAUAGCCUGACCCCGAAUGCUCAAGGGAAUGCUGUCACACUACGAAAAGGGUUCCAUGUUCUACUAGUGGAAGACGAUGCGGUGUCCAUACAGUUGUGCUCAAAAUUCUUACGGAAAUACGGCUGUACUGUUCAGGUUGUCACCGAUGGUCUUUCGGCCAUUUCAACACUGGAAAAAUUCAGAUAUGAUUUGGUCCUAAUGGACAUUGUGAUGCCCAACUUAGAUGGUGCCACGGCUACAUCUAUCGUAAGAAGUUUCGACAACGAAACACCCAUUAUUGCCAUGACCGGUAACAUUAUGAAUCAAGAUUUGAUUACCUACUUACAGCAUGGUAUGAAUGAUAUUUUGGCCAAGCCAUUCACGAGAGACGAUUUACAUUCGAUUCUGAUACGUUAUUUGAAGGAUCGCAUUCCUUUAUGUGAGCAGCAGUUACCACCGCGCAACUCUUCACCACAAACACAUUCCAACACUAAUACUACCAAUUCCAAUCCUAACACAAUCAAUGAACACUCAUUAUCUUUGCUACCACAGGACAAUCCGUCUACUACAACACCUGUUACACCGGGUGCUUCCAUAUCGUCUGCGCAGCACGGUCAACAAGAACAACAGCAUCAACAACUGUUCCAUGCUCAACAACAACAACACCACAACACUGCUAGACCAGACGUAUCCAUACCGAGCUUGGAACACGAAAUCAACACUGUACCACAUUCUUCAAUGGGUUCUACCCCACAAUUGCCACAACCUACGAUUCAGGAAAAUCAAUUAUCAUAA